AUGCGUAUGAUAUUUGGUUCUUGGGUGUUUGGCCUUCUCAAUGCCACCACUCUUUCCCCUACUCCCGAGUCUGCCAAUAUCAACGCACGGCAGCUCAUCGAACUCCCCAACGUCUGGAUCGAAAACAUCGCCUUGCGCUCCAACGGCAACCUUCUUCUUACAACAUUUGGAAAUGGCGACAUAUACUCUGUGGAUCCCUCGAUUCCAGAGGCCCGUGUCGUUGCCAAAGUCAAAGACAUUGACGCCCUCACUGGGAUCGCAGAGGUCGAGACGGACCGCUUUGUCGUUUCGGGGGGCAUCUAUGACGGAGGAACUUACUUUGAGGAGGGGUCUAUGAAGAUCUUGCUUGUCGACUUUCGAGAGUGCAGAGAGUCUCACCAUGGUGGCCCAUCAGUUCGCCCCAUUCUUGAGGGCAAAGAUGCCGGUUUUAUCAACGGCAUGACUUCCCUACCACACCACCAGCACAUUGUUCUCGGCGCAGCUUCUUGGACAGGCGAGAUUUGGCGAAUCAACACAAAGGCUCGAACUGCUGAGGUCAUCUUGCAAGACGACAUGCUGGCUGCUAUCCCAGCUGGGCCUUAUCCUCUCGGUGUCAACGGUCUCAAAAUUUCGCGAGGUUAUCUCUACUUUACCAACACUGGUCGUCAGCUUUUUGGGCGCUUCAAAAUCGAUAAAUACGGCAACAAGAUUGGUGACUUCGAAGUUAUAUGGCAAGCACCGGCUGGCACGAAAAUUGCCCCUGAUGACUUUUCGUUGGAUCAGGAUGGGAACGCGUUUGUUGGUUGCUUCCCUGAUUUGUUGAUCAAGAUCACCCCGGAUGGUGAACAAACUGUUCUUAUUAAUGGGACGCUUGCCGGAGCGACCAGCACCACUUUCAGCAAAGAUGGUAAAAGCCUUUUUGUCGUCACAACUGGAAAGGGAGUGGAAGGCAUAUCGGGUGGCCAGGUUGUUCAGGUCGACCUUUGA